ACCUGAACAUUCUUAAAUGUUACUGAGAUAAGAGAAGUUACCUAAUGCGAGGGUGAUUAAACGAUUAGGUAAAGAGAAAGAAAGGAUAUCAAAAUAAUGUGCUGCGGAGGAAUUUUUUCCAAGCUGUGAGACGACGGUGUGCGAAGAGUGAAGGCGAUUCAGAGGGGCUGAGGGAAUUGUCCUCUGUGCGAGGGGUUUUCUUUAGGCCCCAGGCCCCUGCCUGCCCCUAUCGUCAGCAGAAACAAAGGAAACAAAAUCAGUAGGUCAUAAACUGGGAAGAUGACAUCUAACCACUUGUUCUGAAUUGCCAUGGUAGAGUCAGAGCCUGAAGGCUCUGUGUAUGAAGGUUGAAGCCUUAUCUUAUUGGAGAGAUGGAAAGCUUGAUGACUAGCUCUACCCUGCAUCCCCUUUUUGCAGAUGAAGAUGGCUCAAAGGAGAGUAAUGAUCUGGCUACAACUGGGUUAACCCAUUCAGAGGUUCCAUAUAGUAGUGGAGCCGCAUCAUCCACCAACAAUCCAGAAUUUGUGGAAGAUCUCUCUCAAGGUCAAUUGCUUCAGAAUGAGUCUUCAAAUACAGCAGAAGGCAAUGAACAGAGGCAUGAAGAUGAGCAAAGAAGUAAACGAGGAGGUUGGUCCAAAGGAAGAAAAAGGAAGAAACCUCUUCGAGACAGCAAUGCACCCAAAUCCCCCCUUACAGGAUAUGUUCGUUUCAUGAACGAGCGGCGAGAACAGCUUCGAGCAAAGAGACCAGAAGUCCCAUUUCCAGAAAUCACAAGGAUGUUAGGCAAUGAAUGGAGUAAACUGCCUCCUGAGGAAAAACAGCGUUACCUUGAUGAAGCAGACAGAGAUAAGGAGCGUUACAUGAAGGAACUGGAGCAGUAUCAGAAGACUGAGGCCUACAAGGUCUUCAGUAGGAAAACCCAGGACCGUCAGAAAGGCAAAUCUCAUAGGCAAGAUGCAGCUCGACAGGCCACUCAUGAUCAUGAGAAAGAAACAGAGGUAAAGGAACGAUCUGUUUUUGACAUCCCUAUAUUUACAGAGGAAUUCCUGAACCACAGCAAAGCUCGGGAGGCAGAGCUCCGCCAGCUUCGCAAAUCCAACAUGGAGUUUGAGGAGAGGAAUGCAGCCUUGCAAAAACAUGUGGAGAGCAUGCGCACAGCAGUGGAGAAGCUGGAGGUGGAUGUAAUCCAAGAGCGGAGUCGCAACACAGUCUUACAGCAGCACCUGGAGACCCUGCGGCAGGUGUUGACCAGCAGCUUUGCCAGCAUGCCCUUGCCUGGAAGUGGAGAGACACCUACAGUGGACACCAUUGACUCAUAUAUGAACAGACUGCACAGUAUUAUUUUAGCUAAUCCCCAGGACAAUGAAAACUUCAUAGCUACAGUUCGAGAAGUUGUGAACAGGCUUGAUCGUUAGGGAAUGGUCUUAGAGCUCCAAGAGGUUCUGUAAGUGUUUUUGCUUGUGAGGAAUGAGAAGCCAUCCAUGGGGGCAGAGGAGUACAGACAGAUCCCUUUGCUUGUGAAAGAAUUACCAAUGAGUGAGUUGCCUUCACCCCAGCAAGCCAUAUGAGGGAGCAGCAAAAGGAACACGUGUAUGAACUUCCUAUGGCAUCAUCCUUGUGUGGAACUUUGAAAGUGUACAGCCACUCUCCCAAGUCUUCAGUUUCCUAUCAUUUCCAUCUGUUAAAGUGGAUCUGCAUAUAUUCUGCUGACUAGGUGACCCUGAGGCUGACAUCUGGUACAGCAGAAAGAAUGACUUCCCAUUGUUGCAAUUCCAAUUAGACCCUUUUAUUGGUAGAGCUCCGUUUUUCUUACCUAGCUGUCACUUUUUAAAAAUGCCUUCAGGGGUUAUAUUUUGCUUCCCUUCACUCACACCAAGUUAUACAUCUCCAUUUUCUGACCUCUGGGCUUUAUAGCUCAGCAGGGUUCUAAAAGAGAGUUUCUCUCAUUGGAUGGGCCCAAUCUUCUCCCAUCAUUGCCCUGCUGUGUCUCCAAAGAAAGGAGCUUCUUGUUGACAGUGCCCUGUGGAGCACGCUGUGUUUCAUACCCCACAGAGUGCUCAGUGGGUACCUGGCUUUGUGAUUGCUGCCCUGAAGGAGAAUACUCUCACCUUCUUCCUUGGUACUGCCUGCUGUUUUCUAAGCAUUGCUCCUGCACAGACAUGGAGUCCCAGCCCCAGCAAGGCUCUUCUGUUCCCAUCUGUUGGCAAUGUCUUGUGGAGCAUUUUUGCUAAAGAAAAGGUCAUUGAUAAACAGAGGAGAAAGGGAAAGAGUAGUUUUUCAUUUGGUAUUGAAAAAAAGCCCAAAGUUGAUCAGAAGUGAAAACUGAGGGAAUCCCUGUCUUCUUCAGGUAUAAUGAUUCUUGGAUUUAGAUAGGUGAAAACAUAUUCAGAAUAGUCUCUUGAGCUGACAGAAAGGGCAUAGAGGAAU